AUGGAGCAUUUCUUAACCAAAGGAAAACACAUCAGAGACUCUAAAAGAAUCUUCUUCUUUUUACUUUUACUGUGUCUAAUUGCCGCUGUUUGCCCCGAUCAAGAUUACUACAGUUUACUUGGAAUAACUAAAGCUGCAACAAGCAGAGAAAUAAGACAGGCUUUCAAGAAGUUGGCACUAAAGUUGCAUCCUGAUAAGAAUCAGAAUGACCCAGCGGCACAUGAAAACUUCUUGAAAAUUAACCGAGCUUAUGAAGUGUUAAAAGAUGAAGACCUGCGGAAGAAGUACGAUAAAUAUGGCGAGAAAGGUCUAGAAGACCACCAGCAAGGAGGGGGCUACGAAAGCUGGCACUAUUAUCGCUACGAUUUCGGGAUUUACGAUGAUGAUCCUGAAAUCAUAACACUGGACAGAGGAGAAUUUGAUGCCGCUGUUAAUUCUGGAGAACUGUGGUUUAUAAAUUUCUAUUCCCCUCGAUGUUCACAUUGCCACGAUUUGGCACCAACGUGGAGAGAAUUUGCUAAAGAAAUGGACGGAUUAAUACGCAUUGGAGCUGUGAACUGCGGCGAUAACAGAAUGCUUUGCCGACAGAAAGGGAUCAAUAGCUAUCCAAGCCUGUAUGUUUUUAAAACUGGAAUGAAUCCAGCAAAAUACUUCGGGGACAGGUCGAAGGAAAGCUUGAUGAGCUUUGCCAUGCAGUUUGUUACGAGCACAGUGACAGAGUUAUGGGCAGGAAAUUUUGUUAAUGCCGUAGAAACUGCAUUUGCUUCUGGUGUUGGCUGGCUAAUCUCCUUUUGCAGUGAUCGUGGAGAUUGUUUAACCUCUCGAACACGCCUUAAACUGGCCGGCAUGUUGGAAGGCCUGGUUAAUGUAGGCUGGAUGGACUGUGCCACCCAGGGUGAGCUUUGUGAUAAUUUGGAUAUCUCAUCUAGCACUACAGCAUACUUUCCACCUGGAGCCACCUUUAAUAAAGAGAGAGGAAGUGUUUUGUUCCUGAAUUCUUUGGACGCACGGGAGAUACAUCAGGAAGUCAUGCAGCACCUUCCAGGCUUUGAAAUGAUCCCUGCAGCUGCGUUAAAGGACCGCGUCGCCCAUCAUCGAUGGCUGAUAUUCUUCCUGUUUGGCGAGAGCGGCAAGUCGAAUGACCAUGACUUUAAAAAGCUGACCUUUCUACUUAAAGCAGAAAACAUUCAGGUUGGCAGCUUCGACUGCCUGACGGCACCCAACAUCUGCAACGAUCUGUACGUUUAUCAGCCGUGCGUAGCUGUCUUUAAAGGAAGGGGAAUGAACGACUAUGAAAUUCAUCACGGGAAGAAGAUUCUGUACGAUAUUUUGGCCUUUGCCAAGGAGAGUGUAAACUCUCACGUCAUCACUCUCGGGCCUCAGAAUUUCCCCGGCAAACAGAAGGAGCCGUGGCUCGUUGACUUCUUCGCACCUUGGUGUCCUCCGUGUCGAGCUUUACUCCCUGAAUUGAGGAAAGCAUCAAAGCAGCUGUAUGGUCAGAUGAAAUUUGGGACAUUGGACUGUACAGUCCACGAAGGGAUUUGCAACAUGCACAACAUUAGAGCUUACCCAACCACGGUGGUAUUCAACCAGUCGGACACCCACGAAUAUGAAGGGCAUCACUCCGCUGAGCAGAUUUUGGAGUUUAUCGAGGAUCUCAUGAACCCGUCAGUCGUUUCUCUAACACUGGAGACCUUCAGCGAGUUAGUGAAGAAAAGGAAGAGUACCGACAUCUGGAUGGUUGAUUUCUAUGCUCCGUGGUGUGGUCCUUGCCAAGCGUUAAUGCCGGAAUGGAAGAAGAUGGCCCGACUGCUGAAUGGAAUGAUCUCCGUCGGCAGCGUGGACUGUCAAAAGUACUUCUCUCUCUGUCAGCAAGAAAGCAUCCAAGGCUAUCCUGAAAUAAGACUUUUCCCACAAAAAUCAGCUUCAUCUCAUCAGCACUACAACUACAAUGGCUGGCACAGAGAUGCCCAUUCUCUGAAAAGAUGGGCACUCGGAUUUUUGCCUCGGGCAUCUCUGGAUCUGUCGCCUGAGAGUUUCACUGAGAAAGUCCUGAAUGGGAAGGAUCACUGGGUCAUUGAUUUUUAUGCUCCUUGGUGUGGCCCUUGCCAGAAUUUUGCUCCAGAAUUUGAGACUUUAGCUAGGACGGUCAAAGGAAAAGUGAAAGCUGGGAAAGUUGACUGCCAAGCAUAUGGUCAGACUUGUCAAUCUGCUGGCAUCCAAGCAUAUCCAACGGUUAGGUUUUAUCCCUAUCAAGGAACAAAGAAAAAUCCUUUUGGAGAACACAUAGACAGCCAAGAUGUGAAGGUUAUAGCUGAUCUAUUGCUGAACAAAGUUGAAGAUAUUAAAAGUAAGAGAAGAAAGGCCUCCAGAAACAAGGAUGAACUCUGAGUGACAGAGCAAAUUCGACGCCUAC